AUGAGGAUGUUUGUUCCAACCAAAGACUCUCCAGGUUCACCUGGUCCUGUUUCCACCGUGUCAUCGUCUUCACUCAAACGCAAGAAUUCUAUUGAUCAACAUUCUCAACCUGAAAAGAAGCGACCCAAGGUUUCGAACAGAGCACAGGUUUUACAUGGUAAUUCCACUUUCACACACAGUACUGGCCUUGCCACAGAAUCAAAACAACCCAGUACUACGUUUGAACCACCCUCUUUCCUACCUUCACCCCCAGAAAUGAAACAAGAAGUUCAGGAGAUAGAGACCUUGCCUUCUGACUCAGCCACUUCGACCGAGCGACUUGAAUCUAUUCGGAGUGUGAUACAGACGCAAAUGAGUCUUGAAAUCCUACUCAAGCACAAAGAACUCCGUCUGAUUGAUCAAGAAAUUGCCAAGACUCAGAUUGCUUUGGAGCAACUUCGUCGUUGUACCGAGAUUCCUUAUCCUACCACUCAACAACUAUCAGUGGGUGUAAGCAAUGGAGUCGGACCGUCUCUGAGAAGCGAAUUCAAGACUCCCCUCCCACAAUCUCCAGCUCCAUGGGGUGUUGUAAGUGGCCCAUAUUCUCGGCAUUAUGCCAAAUGGCUACUUCCAGAUCAUCGCUUUGAUGGUGGCGAGCCUGAACCCAUCCUUCACACGCCGGCUGGAAAAUCACCCAUGAAGAGUAGAUCAAUGAGAGGUAGCUUCAAUGAAACGCCUCAAUCGAUCAACUCUGCUCGAUCACAACGAAGUGGUAAGCUUAAGGCUCUUCCUGCAGGAUAUGGUCAACCCAAAGAAAAAGCUACUGGUCCUAUGAUUGUGAAGAGGAAAUCGGAUGGUGUCAUGGUCAAGUUAGUGUGCCCUGAUUGUGGUCGACACGACUUUGGCAGUGCUCAAGGUUUCAUCAAUCAUUGCCGUAUCGGCCAUGGUAGGAGCUUUGCAAGCCACGAUGCAGCAGCGGACGCUUGCGGCGAAGCAGUCGAAUAUGAUGACUCCGGUGUCAUGGUAGGCAUCGAACCCGUCAUCACUCCCACGGCUACGAACGUCCAUCCGUUGAUUAGAUCAGCCAAAUUACUCUCACCAGGACAGACACAACUGCAAAGUCUUCGAUUAUCUGAAUCAUCACUUCCCACACCGAAGAAAGCAUCUCCAGACUUCAAGGCAUCGAGCCUCACGCCACAUCUUUCAGAUUUGAUCAAGAAUAGGGGUCUCGGUCUUGAUCUCCUAGAUAUAGUCUCUGAUGCCAAGACCAAGUCACAAAUCGUUGAGUCUGAUUCUGAGGAUGAUGACAUGCAAGUCGACACUCCCGUGCAAGAUGCCGCACAAGGCCGACAUCCACAGGUCGCUGGGUCUAAGCAACUCCGCAAGCCUGCCAAGUCACCCAUGGCUUCACCCAUCUUGAGCACAACCAUGUUAAAUCGUCCUGCAGCACGUCCUCGAGCAGGUGACUUCCAACAUUACGACGGUGUGAACGAAUCAUUCACUCCACAUCGACCCCGACACAUGGCUCUUCCACUCAGUCACGAUACGCCUACACAAUUGCCACCCUCGGACCCUUCACCAAUCAGCGAAUCCAAUCAAGCGCCAAGUCUCGUGGAUGAUGACGAGGAGUACGAAGCACAUUCUCCAGCUAGUACCUCAAACUCCGAUGACCACGAUAUCGGCGAGGUCGAGUUUGAGGUGCAAGGCGAUGAUGACGAUGCUCGCAGUGUACUACCAGCGCCUGAGUUUCAAGCGAGUUGCGCACCAACCAGACCUACCCAUGUCAGAAGACCCUCAGCAAUUCGCCGACAAGGCGAAGAACGUGAAGAGAAGCACGUAACUUUUGUGAGUCCAAGUCCUGCAAGGGAAUUGGGUAUAGCUCGACAGAUUGGGGAACGCAAGAAGAGGAAGGCUUAG